AUGGUCAACUCCUGUUGUGGCUCUGUCUGCUCUGAGCAGGGCUGUGAUCAAAGUCCCUGCCAGGAGAGCAGCUGCCAGCCCAGCUGCUGCCAGACAACCUGCUGCAGAACCACCUGCUGCCGCCCCAGCUGCUGUGUGUCCAGCUGCUGCAGGCCCAGCUGCCAGACAACCUGCUGCCGCCCAGUGUGCUGCCAGACUACCUGCCGCCCUAGCUGUGGAGUGUCCAGCUGUUGUCGCCCAGUGUGCUGUCAGACCACCUGCCGUCCCAGCUGUGGAGUGUCUAGCUGCUGCCGCCCAAUCUGUUGCCAGACUACCUGCUGUCAGACCAGCUGCUGCCGCCCAGUGUGCUGCCAGACCACCUGCCGCCCUAGCUGUGGAGUGUCCAGCUGUUGUCGCCCAGUGUGCUGUCAGACCACCUGCCGUCCCAGCUGUGGAGUGUCUAGCUGUUGCCGUCCAGUCUGCUGUCAGACCACUUGCUGCCGUACAACUUGUGGCCCCUCUUGCUGA